AGCCGCAGCGGAGCAGUCGCCGCCGUCGCCGCCGCGGUUGAGGGGAGGCCCGUGAGCCGAGCCCGCCCCGCCCCGGGGGCCCUUGGGCGGGGGGGAACGGGGCCCGCCUCGGAAACCCGGCCUUGUGCUCCCGACAGCUGCCUUCCAGGCCCGCGAACGAGCGCGCCCGGGACAUCCUCUCUUACCCCCCCCCACCUCCCGCCGCCCGCCCCAACCACCGCCACCCCCACCCCCCUCCGGCCCGUCCGCCCGCCGCGGGCUCCGGGGCCCAAGCUUUGCAGCCGAGCCUCCCCAUCACCAAGCCUCUCCCCGCCACCCACGAGAGCGAGCGCCAUGGCGGAGCAGACCUACUCGUGGGCCUAUUCCCUGGUGGAUUCCAGUCAAGUGUCUACAUUUCUGAUAUCCAUUCUUCUUAUAGUCUAUGGUAGUUUCAGGUCUCUUAAUAUGGACUUUGAAAAUCAAGAUAAGGAGAAAGACAGUAACAGCUCCUCUGGGUCUUUCAACGGCAACAGCACCAGUAAUAGUAUCCAAACAAUUGACUCCACUCAAGCUCUUUUCCUUCCCAUUGGAGCGUCUGUCUCUCUUCUAGUGAUGUUCUUCUUCUUUGACUCAGUGCAAGUCGUUUUCACGAUAUGUACCGCAGUUCUUGCAACAAUAGCAUUUGCUUUUCUUCUUCUCCCCAUGUGCCAGUAUUUAACAAGACCCUGUUCACCUCAGAACAAGAUUUCCUUUGGUUGCUGCGGGCGUUUUACUGCUGCUGAGUUACUGUCAUUCUCUCUGUCUGUUAUGCUCGUCCUCAUCUGGGUUCUCACUGGCCAUUGGCUUCUUAUGGAUGCUCUGGCCAUGGGUCUUUGUGUCGCCAUGAUUGCCUUUGUCCGCCUGCCAAGUCUCAAGGUGUCCUGCCUGCUUCUCUCAGGGCUUCUCAUCUAUGAUGUCUUUUGGGUAUUCUUCUCAGCCUACAUCUUCAACAGCAAUGUCAUGGUGAAGGUGGCCACACAGCCAGCAGACAAUCCCCUUGACGUUCUGUCCCGAAAGCUUCACUUGGGGCCCAAUGUUGGACGUGAUGUUCCUCGCCUGUCUCUGCCUGGAAAAUUAGUCUUCCCAAGCUCCACUGGCAGCCACUUCUCCAUGUUGGGCAUUGGGGACAUCGUGAUGCCUGGCCUCCUGUUGUGCUUUGUCCUUCGCUAUGACAACUACAAGAAACAAGCCAGUGGUGACUCCGGCAGCGCCCCUGGCCCUGCCAACAUCUCUGGGCGCAUGCAGAAGGUCUCCUACUUCCACUGCACCCUCAUCGGGUACUUUGUAGGUUUGCUCACUGCUACUGUGGCAUCUCGCAUCCACCGAGCCGCCCAGCCCGCCCUCCUCUACUUGGUGCCAUUUACCUUAUUGCCACUCCUCACCAUGGCCUAUUUAAAGGGUGACUUACGGCGGAUGUGGUCGGAGCCAUUCCACUCCAAGUCCAGCAGCUCCCGGUUCCUGGAAGUAUGAUAGGUCACCUCGAAAGCACCCAGAAUGGCUGUCAUUGUCCUUUUCUCUCACCACGUGGUUUUGUUUCUUCCUAAAGCUGGCCUGGUACCCAGAGGUGUACCGUUUAAGGAACUACAGUGUGACUGGAGUUUGCAGCGGAAGGAAGCGUGUCUGCGGGAGAGGAUGCUGGAGCUCUGCUGGGUCCUUCUCUUCCUGCAGAUGGAGAGAUGGAGUUCAUUCCAGAAGUGACAGGCCCUCCACAGCACCCUUCCUCUUCAUACGGAUCUGCACACCAGACUGUUACCUUGCAGGGAGAUGGAGAUUUGACUGUUAAAAAACUGCAAAGAGCAAGGAGUUGUUCUAGAACUUUUGAACACUAAAAGGAUUUUUAAAAAUUAGGAAACCGAAGUUUCUUCAGUAAACCCUCCAAAACUUUGGGACCAGUUUCCUGUGGGGGACUCAAAGAACCAGACAGAAGUUCUUCUGUCCUUAUAUUCUUCUUUCCUUUUUUUUUUUUUUUUUUUUUGGGAUUUAUUAAAUAUUUUCUGUGGUGUGAAGUGACUUAAUAAAAUCCACAGACAUUGAAUGACUUCUUACAACAUUCACAUUAAGGAUUUGUUGUAAUGAGUUCAUGUCCACCCAGAUGUCGUGUUGGCAGUGAACAAGGGCACGGUUUUUAUACAUACGUACAUAUAAAUAUAUAUAUACACACAUAUAUAUAGACACACGCGCGCACAUAGAUAUAUAUGAAUAAACAAAGAUGAAAACCUGCUAAGCUCAUGCUGUGUAGCAGAUGGGGCUUGCUGUAAGUUUGCGCAUGUAGAGCAGUUGACUGGCUUCCCUGUAUGCGCUGCCGUCUCCCUUCACGAGCGACCCUCAGCCACAGCGUGGUAGAGCGUCGGGACUCCCGUGUGGAUCAGUGUAUCGGUUAGGGAUGGAAAGCUAGCAGCUUUGUGGCCCUUUUCUUUGUACAGGCUUCUCCCUUGCAGGGUUGUAGUGUUUCUUCUUGAACCAGUGCAUGUAUCAUAGCAGCCAGAUGUCUUCGUGCUUUCUCAUCAUAGUAAUGUACUACCUGUAAAUACAUUUUUCUAUUUUAUAUUUUUUUGUAUUUUUCUUUUUUGGCAUUUUGUUUCAUUGGUGUGCUGUAUUUUCCAUGCCCUCACCCCUUUAAGGAAGAAAAAAAAAAAAAGGAAAAUGCAACACAAUCCUGUCCUCCUUGCUGUUGUGAUUAUAGUCUGGGUUUUCCUGUGGUGAUAACUGGGCAGAAAAGAGAAAUGCUUCCCUGGACUGGCACCAAAGUUCAGGAGCCCAGGAAAGAGCAGACUGCUCUGCCCCUUAGAGUGGGUCCCUGUGCUAUGCAGUCUGCAGAGCCUAGAAUUGCGGCAGUAACUAGAAUGCGGUUCUGCUUGCUGUUACAUAAAGCCUGGAACUGUCCUGAAAUACUGACAGAGGCUGGAGAAGGGCCUGUGUCCUGCGCAAUGAAUUGGUAUGCCGUCCUCUCCAGGGCUGCUGGAGAGAUCACAUGGUUUGUAUAUCUUGUCAGCAGAGCAAGGUGCCUUCAGGGUGUCGGGUUCCUCUGUUGUAUUCAAAUCCUGCUUAGGGGUUUGAGGGUCCCCCCCCCCCCCCGUUUGUUGUUUCUAAUAAAUGACUCUGUUUUCUA